AUGAGCCAUCAAAGAUAUCCGUCCCACGAUCCCAUUAAGGAGCCUCACUCUGUCUCUGUCAAGGUGCUCCGGCAAGUAUCCCCAGCCAGUCUUUCGACUAGGCCACGCCUUGCUGACCUCGGAGUCUGGGGUUGCAGCCUCUCACGUCCCUCCCUCGUGUCGCAGUAUCCCGUCGAGCCUCCCCUCUCCGUUCCCGGGACGCUCCCGGCCGCGGCACCUGCAUCCCUCGCCUACGCCUCGGCUCCGGCCCCGGCCCCAGACACGAACCCCUCGCCCUUUAUCCUCAGCCCGAUCCUCAACCUCCCCGUGUCCUUCGGCUCCGCCUAUGUCGGCGAGACCUUCAGCUGCACGCUCUGCGCAAACAAUGACCUGGCCCCCGACGCGGGCAAGCAGAUCCGCGAUGUGCGCAUCGAGGCGGAGAUGAAGACGCCGGGCCUGGGAGCGGCGCACAAGCUCGACCUCGGACCCUCGCCGCCUCAUGGCGAGGAUGGUGCUGCAGCUGCUGCCGCAACGGCAGGUGGCGUCGACCUGGAGCCGGCCGGCACAUUGCAGAAGGUGGUCUCGUUUGACCUCAAGGAGGAGGGGAACCACGUGCUCGCCGUGACGGUGAGCUACUACGAAGCGACGGAGACGAGCGGCCGGACCCGCACGUUUAGGAAGCUUUACCAGUUCAUCUGCAAGGCGUCGCUCAUCGUGCGCACAAAGGUCGGCGCGCUGCCGCCGCCGCAGCAGCACAAGCUGGGCGGGCACGGCAGCGGCAACCCGAGGUGGGUGCUCGAGGCGCAGCUCGAGAACUGCAGCGAGGACGUGGUGCAGCUGGAGAAGGUGGCCAUGGAGCUCGAGGAUGGGUUCCGGUACAAGGAUUGUAACUGGGAGUCAAGCGGCAGCGAGAAGCCCGUGCUGCAGCCGGGCGAGGUGGAGCAGGUGUGCUUCCUGGUCGAGCAGGUGGACAAGGCGACGGGCGGCGACGACGACAGCACGGGGGAUGAGGAGCAACCGCGGCCUCGCGGAGCCGAUGGCAGAGUCACAUUCGGCGUGCUGGGCAUCGGCUGGAGAGGUGAGAUGGGCAACAGGGGCUUCCUCUCGACGGGCAGACUCGGGGCGCGGGUCUCGGCACGAUGA